GUUGCUGCUGUAUAUGUAAAUGUUGGCUAUUGAAGCGCGAGAUACAGUAGUGGAUUGUGCAAUUAAAGUGAAAACCGCAUGCAUCCAAGGUACGGUGUGCGCGGAUAAUCUACAGAAGGUCACACGAUAUUAUAGAAUGUUUACAGGAACAAUCUAAAUGAUACCAAUCUGAAAUUGUUGGUCGACCGGUGUUUAGAUACGAAAGCUAUAGCAGAAUCAUUGAAUUGCCAAGAUUGAAUUAGGUGGGUUCUGGCUCAUAUCCGCGUUUUUCUUUUUACGGUAAUAUUUUAUAGCACCUCCCUGAGUUAAUACUAGCUCUUGUAGGGAUUAGUGGAACUUCUGAGUAACUAUUCAUGCGGUUAUUAUUAUUGUAUGUUGAAGACUUAACUGGCUGAUGGCAACCCCGAACCAAUACAAAAAGCAGCGGCUGCUGUACGAUUUAGCUAUGGAGUCGUCACACCCCCCGGAGGAUCCUCUCAAAUACCGUGAGCGAAUGGAAUAUCAAAAACUAGAAGGGGAGGCAGAUGAAAACAGUGAACCGACCCCAGAAGCGUCGGCGGUAUUUGCGCUAACGAUGGUGUCAAACAGUCAAGUCCAGCCAAAUGAUGUGGAAAUUAACAGUGAGAAGGAUCACGGGCCUUUGCUGGAUGAGAAAGAGGCAGAAUCAAAUUUAGAUGAUCCAAGCAGUGAAAAACAUGUGAAGAUCGCCCCCGAGGAAGGGGCAGGAGCUACAGCUGAUGCAUCAGCUGAUGAAAUAGAAACUGUAGUUGAAAUGAGAAAGAAGACACAGACUAGAGAAAAAGGAAAGGACAUUUUCUUCCGUGAUGGGAAGAGGAAAAUCGACUACGUAUUGGCCUACAAGCUGAAAGGUGAUGAAGAGUACGAUGCUAAGCGAGGACGUAAACGUAAGCAGUUCGAACUGAACUUGAAGGAAGAAGGGUUGGAGUUGGAAUAUGAAGAUGCUGGUGAACGCGCGACACCAACGAACCCUGAUGAUCCGGAAUCAGCUGAUGGAAAGACGUUUUUUGUUAAAAUUCAUGCACCAUGGAAAGUGUUGUGUCGAAUGGCGGCAGAAAUUAAACUAAAGAAGCCGAUUCAGGAAAAUGAUUUACCACCACCAAGGGACCUGUUAGAUUGUAUUCCACAUCCAUUCAAUUACGACGCAGAUCUAAUAACAGAAGAGACAAAUUACUUCACUGCUGCUUUUGAUCCAAAUAGACUUGAGGAAUUCAUUAUUGAGGAUAGAGAGACGUUCUUCACAACUGCUGAAAGGAUUAGAAUGGUGUAUGAGAUCUUGGAGAGGACUCGAUAUGAUCCAGAUAAUAAGAACAAAUUUGGUGUUGACCAUUUGGUUGGUAAUGGAUCAUAUGCAGCAGCAUAUCCACUCCAUGAUGGUGACUACAAGAGCAAGCAUUCUAUCCUAUCGGGGGCUGAGAAUGACCGACAUCUGCUACAUGAGACUUGGGGAAGAUUUGGAAUGUGGUAUAAAUUUCAACCAUUGGAUCAAGUCAGGGCAUAUUUUGGUGAGAAGAUUGCUCUGUAUUUUGCAUGGCUUGGAUUCUACACAUACAUGCUUGUUCCAGCUUCAAUCCUAGGGAUUGUUGUCUUCAUCUAUGGCUGUGCCACUCUGGGAGGGGAUGAUGUCAGUGGGGAGAUCUGUGAUAGCAUUAAAUUGAUGUGCCCGUUGUGUAAUAACAAAUGCCCAUACUUUAACCUGUCAGACAGUUGUACAUAUGCUCAGUUGACCUAUGUAUUUGACAAUAAUUCAACCGUUUUCUAUGCGUGCUUCAUGGCUCUGUGGUCAACCAUGUUCUGCGAGAUGUGGAAACGGAAGCAGGCGGAGAUUGAUUACGACUGGGAUCUGUUUGGUUUUGAGGACCAAGAGGAGAACACUCGGCCAGAGUAUGAAGCAUCAGCUCCUGACAAGAGGGUCAACCCAAUUACUCAGCUGACUGAACCCUAUUUGGCAUUCUACAAAAAGUUUCCCCGUCUAGUGGCAUCUGUUUUAACCAUUUUAUUCAUGAUUUCCUUGGUAUUUGCCGCGGUUCUUGGCGUGAUCAUUUAUCGUAUUGCAGUACGAGCUGCCUUAGCGGCAGUAUCAGAUUCUUUGAUUGCCUCUCAGGCAUCCCUCAUUACCUCAUUGACGGCUUCCUGCAUCAGUGUUACCGUCAUCGUUUUACUUCAGUUUUUGUACGAGAAGAUUGCAACAUGGUUAACAGAUCUUGAAUUGCAUCGUACUGAAACAUCCUAUGAAGAUAGUUACACAUUUAAAAUGUAUCUAUUUGGAUUUGCAAAUUACUACUCAUCCAGUUUCUAUAUUGCAUUUUUAAAAGGAAGAUUACCUGGAGCACCAAACAAUCCUGGCACGUUGUUUGGAAUGAGACAAGAAGAAUGUGAUGCAGCUGGAUGUCUACAAGAGCUGUUUAUUAACGUUGCAGUGGUAAUGUGUGGAAAGCAAGUCUACAGCAAUGCCUUGGAAAUAUUUGUUCCCUUGAUUUUGAACUGGAUGCGUGGAAGAUCUGCUCGCAAACAGGAAGAGGAAGGCAACGUGUACGAACAAUGGGAAAAAGAUUUUGAUCUUGGAGAACUUGGUCCUCGUGGCCUCUUCAAAGAAUAUCUAGAAAUGGCAAUUCAGUUUGGUUGGAUCACGAUAUUUGUGGCUGCAUUCCCCCUUGCUCCAUUUUUUGCCCUUGUUAACAAUCUACUGGAAAUACGUCUGGACGCAUUUAAGUUUAUCUCGCAGUUGCGAAGACCGUAUGCUGCCCGUGCACAAGACAUUGGUGCAUGGUACAGUAUCCUACUUGCAGUUGGUAACUUCUCAGUCCUGUCAAAUGCUUGCAUCAUUGCAUUCACAUCUGAGUUUAUUCCUAGGGAAGUGUAUCGUUACAGGACAGAUCCUGGCUCUCUGAAGGGGUACAUCGACUUCUCUCUGUCAGAAUUUAACGUUUCUGAUUUCAAGGCCGAUCAGGCACCUGACGAUGAGGCUGAAGCUGCCAGUACUGACAAAUGCUUCUUCAAAGGUUUUUAUAUCAGGAAUGGAACUGAGAUUGAAGGAGAAUAUAAUUGUAAAGUUAAGACUGAUGGUAGUCCCUCCACCUACUGCUUCACACAAGACUACUGGGAGGUAUUCGCCAUGAGGCUUGUGUUUGUUUUAGUUUUUGAGCACGUUAUCUUUGCGUUCAAGCUGUUCCUUGAUUGGCUGAUACCAGACAUCCCAGGCUUCGUAAGCAACCAGAUCAAGAGAGAGAAUUUCCUUGCAAAAGAAGCGCUGCAUACAGCUGCCUUGGAGAAGGCAAAGAAAGUCCGACAAAGUCAGGCAAUUCCACAAGAGGUGUAAGAUAAAACUAGGACCUACACACUUGCACAUAUAUGAGCAAAUACACCCACAUACAAAAACGAAUACUCACAUAAACACACCAGCCACACCCACAUACACAUCCAAAUACACCCACACUUUCACAUAUGUGUACCAUAUUGGUGUUUCUAGUGAAAGGGGAUUGUUUUUUAUGGUUUGUACUGGUUGUGAUUUAGUAGAUGCGGGUGUGUUUCAAACACCUACUACUUUUAUAUAAGGCAUUAUUUCUUAGUACAGUAUCACAGGAAAAGAGUCUUUCAACUCGAACCUGACAAAAAAAACAACUUAUAUUUAUCGCACACAUUGGUUAAUUAUUUUGAAGGAAAAGUGACCAAAUUACAUUCUUUGAUGUUUCAAAAAUGUUUUAUUUUUAGAAAAUCAUAUAAAAACAGGUUCUAAUGUUGAAAUUGUUAAUGAAACAUUAACUUUUUAAAAUGAUAUCAGAAGAAUCAUGAUGUUUUUUGAGUGCUAAUGAAUGUGAUAUAUUGUGUAUAGAUAAAGUAUGCAUGUGGUUAGAAAUAGGAUUUAGUUGGUCAAAAGGUUUGCACAUAAUCAAAUGCAUGGAUCUCCUAUAAUAUAUAUUUUUAUUAAUAUUCAUAAUUAUUAUGAGAGGAAUAUUCGAAAUUAAAUGUGGUACAGUUUAUACCUUGGUAGUCCUAUUUAGAAUUAUAUAAAUAUAUUCUUUAUGUAAUUUAGCUUUAAGAUAGGUUUCCCACACAAAUUUGCACAUGGUAUUUGAUUCUUGUCUUUCUUUAAGCCUAGUAAUUGAAACAAUGUGUGUACAUUUUCUAUAAAUUUUGGAAUAUCUUUGUAUAAAUAAUGGUUUUCUAUAUUUGAUUGUGAUACAAUAUAUGUGAUUUUUCAUAAAUGAUAAUUUGAUGUAAUUUCAGGAUAGUUAGGCUGAAAGUUUCUGAAUCUUUUGUCAACGCAUGAUGCAAAAAUAAUAAGGGAUCAGGAACUGCAUGACGUCAUUGUAUUAGACAAGUAAUUUCAACACAGUCAUUGUAUUAGACAAGUAAUUUCAACACAGUAAAAAAGCCCAAAACCUGUUCUAAAUUUAUGUUGUAAAAAGGAUAGUAUGUGAAUAUAACCUUUGACAUGACUGUGUCUUAUGUUUUCUAACUACUGUACUGACUUUAUAAAACUAUAUGAUUCAGGUAAAUUCCUUAUCGUUCCUUAUGUUUUUUGCUGUGCAUGGAAAACAUUCAUGUUGAGAAUGGAAUGUUCACAUUAUUGUGUGUGAUAUGCGUUAUGAUAUUGUGUGGGAUACAGUUCAUGUUAUUGGGUAUGGGAUAUGGUUCACAUUAGUGUUUUGUAGAAAUAGAACAAAGGAAAGUAUUUCCACUGAACUAAUUGUUUGAUUUUUGUGUUUAUGGAUUGUGAUUAUUGUGUCAUGUAUUUGUUUUAUUGGCAUUAUAAUCUAUUUUUAUUUUUGUACUCCUACUAUACAUAGUUACUCCAUUUAUAAAUGUAUAUUCUUUCACCUUAGGUAUGCUACAUAAAACUUUUUUUUUUUUUUAUCAAAAAAUGAUAUAUUUUAUUGUAGUUUGAUUUGGAAUUACAAAUCACAUGGUACAUAUUCAUUUUUGAAAUAAAAUCUUUUAUUAACAAAAUUUAAUCUCUUAUAUAUUUUAUAUUAGUUUGUGUUGGGCUGUAAAAAUAUUUAGUAUAAAUGGUGGAUUACAAACUUAUCUUCCUUUUCCUUGGUAGCUAAUAUAUAUAUCUUGUAUUAUUAAUGUUUCAUUCUAUCUGUUACCUUGUAUGUAUUUCAUUAUAUUUUAAUUAGUUCUAAUCAGUUAGAUGAUUAUAGACAAGCAGGUCUACUUUUGAUUUGACCUAUCAAAUCAGUAAAUGCGUAAUCAGUAAAUAAACUGAUGUGCUGUAAAUACAGGGGCGGAUCCAGAAUUUUUCAAACGGGUGCACAAAACAUGUUCAGAAAAAUUUUAAAAUAUAGUGGCAAAACGGGGAGGGGCUACUGGUUCCGUGCCUGAAAUCACCUUGUAGAUGACUUUAAGAAACAUUCUGCAAGGUGGAAUGAUGUAGAUUUAAAUGGAGACCAGAUACAUACAAGUAGAUAAUAUGAAGUAGUGGGUAACUUUCUUUGGUCAACCAUGUUUCUACACUGAACUUUCUAAUAAAUUAUGCAUAAAAGGUA